UUCUUCCAUUUUUGAAAAUGCGGAGCAUGAAAGUUUUCAUAUCUAUUGGUGUUGUUCUUUCAGUUGUUAACUGCAUUUUCUUUGACCACGGCGAUAGUAGCGACGGAAGCUAUUCUGAUAGCAGUGGUGAAGGUAGAGGACAUCAUCAUAAGCAUGGUCCGAGACCUCCAAGACCAAAUCGACCACCAAGACCGCCACCAGCAACACCUCCACCAACAACACCUGCACCAAGUUGUCCAGGUGGUUGGUCUCUUAUUCACAGGCGUCGUGGACCAUGGUGCAUUCAAGUUUUCAAUGGAGCUGCAGGUUUAGAAGGAUCAAACAAUGCUUGUAGAGCUCAGGGAGCAGUUCUUUCAUCCGUGGAAAAUGCUCAAGAACGAGAAACAAUUGCUCGGCUAGGAUUGGAAAAAAUGUUGCCAACUGGUUGGAAGUAUGGAACUAUUCGUGUGGGACUGAGAAAGAAUUCACAAGGAGCGCCAUGGUACAACACAGACGGGAGCACCGAUGCCAACAACCUAGAAGGCGUCCUUUGGAGCCCAGCGGAACCGAGAAAUGGAAAUUGGGGUGGAGUUCAGUUGAAUUGUGCUACAAUGUGGUUAUGGGGGGGAAUAUUCGAAGGAGGCCGUAUCCACGGACAGUUCUUCACAAAUAUUUGUCUGGCAAAUAAUCCCAAUGAUAGAUACAGAGGAUAUGUCUGUGGAAAACCGGCAUAAUGAUUUCAGAGUAAUCUGAAUGCCAUUGUUUAUCUGAUAAUGAAUAUUUUAAACCCAGA